UUGUUCAAAGUACCGGAUCAAUUGGACUUAAAAAUACAUAGACAAAAUUGCAUGAAAAAAAAAAUGCAUUCGAUUCCGAUGGACACGGUCACAGGCUCCUGACAACGACACAAAAACAUGACACGAACAAACACGAGAAAAACCCCGUGAAACAAGGCCAAGACAGCAACUAAAAAAAACAGUUUCCAGGGUCCUGAUUCAUUCUUUCUCAAUGCUCACCACCUGUUUGAACAAUUAACUAACAACCAUUCCCUCCCCAACCCAUUCCCUGUUUUUCACCUUCCCCUCAUUCACAUCUCUCUCAUUUUCUCCCCUCUUCUCACAUUGUCCUCUACCAUAUUCUACCAUGGAGUUGAAGCUCAUUUUCAUCUCCUUCGCCCUCAUUUCCUUGCGUUACGCCAAUGCGGUCUGCGUGCCGCGGGACAACGCAGCCUCGCAUCCCAACCCCCACGCCCCUCCAAAUUUAAGGCCAGUGUCUGUGAAUGCAGUAGCAGAGUCUGAUCCAGCUCCAGCCCCCAUGACUCCCGCGCAAUCAGGCGUCGUCGAUGCUGUGCUUGGUCCACAGCCACAGGCCAAUGGUAACGAAAAUCCAGAGGUCAAGAGAAUUUGCGAUGCCACGGAUUAUCCUGAUGUCUGUCAGGCUGUAUUUAAUCGAUACACUGGCCCAACAGACUUUGUUUCUCUACUUAAUAUAGCAAUAGGCGCGGGUUUGGAUGUCGCGAGAGCAGCCACAGGGACAGCGGACAAUAUGUCUACUCAGCAAGGGGCGCCAACAGAUCAUGCCUCGGUGUAUUCAGAUUGUAAAGAUAGUUAUGAUAGCGCCUCGAUUGAUUUCCAAAAUGCACUCGACGCACUUCCUGUGAAAGAUGUGGGGACCUUGAAUACGAUGCUGAGUGCUGCUAUAACGGAUGCCAGUGAUUGUCAAGACUCACUGGAAGGAAUGGACAGCCCGUUGAAUCUUUUCUCGGAGAAGUUGAGGAAGAUGGCUAGCAACUGCCUUGCCAUGGUUACGCAUAUGCAGCAGCCCGGGCCUGCAUAAAUUUGACAGAUGAAUAAUUAGCAAUUCGUUCUCAGUAUUACGUGGUUAUGAAAUUCACAGGAACUGACUGGCAUGGAUAGCCCUAUAAUUUUAUCCUGUAAUUGUUACUUGUAUUACAAGUUGUUUUUCUCAUGUAACAAAUAAAUCUAGGUAUUAUAUUUAGGAUAUAAGAGUUCUGUAGAAAUAAAAUGGAGCUUCCUGGCUCUGUAUAUAUGAUUUACGAAUCGUUCAAGCCUCUUUAUAAACAUUGCAUUACCAUUUCCACUUUU